AUGACUCUGGGACCUGGAGCUUCGGGCAGUGAUGACUUUCCUGGGAGGAAGAGCGGAGCUGGGUGCUCCAGACCUGAUGCCCCCAGAGCUGAGAAGUGUGACAGCCACAGAAGCAUAGGUGAAUCCAUAAUUACAGACUCACAGACACUGAAGUCUGACUUGAAGAAGAAGUUUGCAGUCAUAUUUGAUGAAUUACGAAAGGAGAACCAUCACAUCCCCCUGAAUGAGAUCUUCACAGAGCUCUACAUCACAGAGGGGGGAAGCGGGGCGGUCAAUACUGAACACGAGGUGUGGCAGAUUGAGACAGCAUUCAGAAGACAGGCCUCUCAGGAGACUCCAAUUAUCUGCAAUGACAUCUUUAAGCCCACACCUGGUCAUGGGCGCACUAUCCAAACUGUUCUCACAAAGGGGAUCGCUGGCAUUGGGAAAACUGUCUCUGUGCAGAAGUUCAUUCUGGACUGGGCAGAAGGAAAAGCCAAUCAGGAGAUUGAUUUAAUUUUUCCAAUUCCUAUCCGAGAUCUGUAUCGGAAGAAACAGGGAAAAUUCAGUCUGAUUGAACUUCUUAAGCACUAUUUUCCAAAACUCACUUUUCUCCCAGAUAAGAUUCAAAGUCACAAUCAUGAAGACAAAGUGUUGUUUAUCUUUGAUGGUCUAGAUGAGUGUCGACUUCCACUAGAUUUCCAGAAUAAUGAGAUGUGGUGUGAUGUAACAACGAGAACCUCAGUGGACACUCUCCUGACAAAUCUCAUUGCCGGGGAUCUUCUGGGCUCUGCUCUCCUCUGGAUCACGUCCCGACCAGCAGCAGUCGAUCAGAUCCCACGCAAAUAUCUUGAUCGAGUGACAGAGGUACGAGGGUUCAAUGAUGCACAUAAGCGGGAGUACUUCAGGAAAAGAUUCAGAAAUCAGGACCUAGCUGACAGAAUUAUCACUCACAUAAAGUCAUCCAAGAGCCUGUAUAUCAUGUGUCAUAUACCAGUCAUCUGUUGGAUUUCAGCUGCUGUUCUAGAGACAGUGUUUGGUGGUUCUGGAACUGAAGUAAUCCCCAAAUCUCUGACGGAAAUGUACACACACUUCCUGCUCAUUCAAGAAAAUAUGAACCAAAAAAAGUAUUACAACACCAGUAAGACAAACUCAAAGAACAUGUCAGCCUCAGAUGUAGAAAUCAUCCUGAAAUUGGGGAAGUUGGCUUUUCUACACCUGGAAAGCAGAACUCUCAUCUUCGACGAAAAGGACCUGGCUGAGUGUGAAUUCACUGAAGCAUCAUUGCAUUCUGGCCUGUGCACACAGAUCUUUAAAGAGGAUUCUCAGUUGUACCAGGAGAAGGGCUACUGCUUUGUGCAUCUGAGCAUUCAGGAGUACUUGGCUGCAUUAUUUGUGUUUUAUUCAUUUGUAAACAGAAAGAUAAAUCUACUCAGUCCAGAGGAACAAUAUGCAGAGAAUAAGCAGAAAAUCUCAUUGUCUGAUUUACACAGGACUGCAGUGGAUGAGGCCCUUCGGAGUGUGAAUGGACAUCUGGACCUUUUCCUUCGUUUCCUUCUUGGUCUCUCGCUGGAGUGCACACAGAAACUUCUCCCUAUAGUCAGGAACUGCAGGAGGGCCAUGUAA